CUCCUUCUAGCAUCCUUCAUCCUUCAGGUACCAGCCAUCUGGGCAGUGCUUAAGCUGCAGAAACCGAGACCACCCCUCCAAGGAUCUCUAGUCUGAGCAUCUCUAGUGACCUUCUCUGCAUUAACUGUCAGUGCUACAGAUAUUUUUAGCUCCAAGUCCUGGCAGGGUGGGGCACCUAUCUGAGGCAGGGUUUGGUGCCCCCUCCCCACUGACCCUCCAUCCCAGGCUGCUGCUGCUGUCACUUCAGGAUGAAAGGGGAGACCCCUGUUAACAGCACUAUGAGUAUUGGCCAAGCACGCAAGAUGGUGGAACAGCUUAAGAUUGAGGCCAGCUUGUGCCGGAUAAAGGUGUCCAAGGCAGCAGCAGACCUGAUGACUUACUGUGAUGCCCACGCUUGUGAGGACCCUCUCAUCACUCCUGUGCCCACUUCAGAGAACCCCUUCCGAGAGAAGAAGUUCUUCUGUGCUCUCCUCUGAAGAGCGCUCGCUGUACCUUCUCUGAUCUCAUCUCCCCCUCCCAGACCCGCCCUAAGAUUGGAAAUUGUAGCAGUCCAUUUCUGCCCGCACUUAUCCUGAGAUUAUCUGAAGCACAAGGCCCUCCUUACCCAUGUCUAGCCCAUCUCCUCACCCUUGCAGGCCAACUCCAAGCACCUUUUACUCUAUCUAUAAAGGGACCCCGUUAAACUGCCAAAAUCCUGCCUGUUUCCCUCGGUGAUCCAUCUGUUCAGGCAAUGGAGAGGGGGAUGCCCGGGUGCUCACCUGGAGCUAUGAAAAGGUAAAGGCAUUUGAAGAAUAAAGUCAUUCAGAGCCUCA